AGUCCCGGUCGCGUCAGCCCGUUGCUGCGCCUGACUGAAGUCCGGUUUGAACAAUUGUUUCUCUGUGUCCCGACUCAGUACUUAUCCAGUCUCGCUCCUGCAAUGCGCUGGGCCACCUUGUUGCUGUCUGCCGUGUUGUCAUUGCUCUGGCCCGGUUCAGCCCGUGGAUAUUUCUCGGAGGAGCGGUGGAGCCCCGAAUCCCCACUUCUGGCUCCCCGGGUGCUGAUAGCCUUGGCGUGUCGCAACUCGGCACAUUCACUGCCACAUUUCCUUGGAGCUAUCGAUCGACUUAACUACCCGAAAGACCGUAUUGCGGUGUGGGUUGCGACAGACCAUAAUGUGGACAACACCACGGCGAUGUUAAAGGAGUGGUUAAUAAAUGUUCAGAAUCUGUAUCAUUAUGUGGAGUGGAGACCACAGGAGGAGCCCAGUUCGUAUGAGGAUGAAGCAGGACCAAAGCACUGGUCAAACCUUCGAUAUGAACACGUGAUGAAGCUUCGACAGGCGGCUUUGGACACUGCUCGAGAGAUGUGGGCAGACUACUUUUUGGUAGUGGACUGUGAUAAUCUGUUGACUAACCCUGAUGUACUGUGGAAACUGAUGAGGGAGAAUAGGACCAUCGUGGCCCCUAUGCUGGAGUCCAGAGCAGCCUACUCCAACUUCUGGUGUGGAAUGACAUCACAGGGCUACUAUAAGAGAACUCUUGCCUACAUGCCGAUCAGACGUCAGGAGAGGAAAGGUUGUUUUGCUGUUCCGAUGGUGCACUCGACGUUUUUGGUUGACCUUCGUAAAGAGGCCUCCCGUUUGCUGGCUUUCUAUCCCCCCCACCCCGACUACAGCUGGGCCUUCGAUGACAUCAUCGUCUUUGCCUUCUCCGCACGGAUGGCAGAUGUCCAGAUGUACGUGUGUAACGGUGAGACGUUCGGAUAUUUCCCAGUGCCCCUCCGCUCCCACAAUACCUUACAGGACGAGGCUGACGGCUUUCUGCACGCACAGCUGGAGGCCAUGGUGAGAGGUUCUCCUUUGGAGCCCAGUGUCUACCUGUCUGUCCCUCCUAAGCGGCCUGAUAAAAUGGGUUUUGAUGAGGUGUUCAUGAUUAAUCUGAUAAGGCGGUCUGACCGAAGAGAGCGGAUGCUGAGAACAUUAGCAGAACAGGAGAUAAGCUGUAAAGUCAUUGCUGCUGUGGAUGGCAGGGCGAUGAACGUGAGUGACAUCCAGGCCCUGGGCAUUGAGAUGUUGCCGGGAUACAGUGAUCCGUAUCAUGGCAGGCCACUGACCAAAGGAGAACUGGGCUGUUUCCUCUCCCACUAUAACAUCUGGACAGAGAUAGUGGAGCGUGGUCUGAAGACGUCUCUGGUGAUUGAGGAUGAUUUGCGUUUUGAGGUUUUCUUUAAACGCCGGUUACAGAACCUAAUGUCUGAGGUGAAGUCUGAGGGCCUGGACUGGGACCUAAUUUAUAUUGGGCGUAAGAGAAUGCAGGUGGAUCACCCAGAGAAGUCAGUGCCCAAUAUCCACAACCUGGUGGAAGCAGACUACUCCUAUUGGACGCUGGCCUAUAUGAUGUCACUGCAGGGUGCCCAGAAGCUUCUGAAGGCGGAGCCUCUGAAGAAGAUCCUUCCAGUGGAUGAGUUUCUUCCUGUGAUGUACAACAAACAUCCUAUUGCUGAGUAUAUGGAGUAUUUCAAGGAGCGAAAUCUGAAGGCUUUCUCCGCAGAGCCCCUGCUGGUCUUCCCCACUCACUACACGGGCGACCCAGGCUACAUCAGCGACACCGAAACCUCCACCAUUUGGGACAACGAGACCAUUCGCACGGACUGGGACAGAGCCAGGUCCAGAAAGACCCAGGAACAGGAGGAGCUUAGCAGCGAAGCCCAGAACACAGAGGUCCUUCAGUCCCACCUGGACAGCACAGCCAGGGACGAACUGUGAGACUGGUGUCAUACUGGUCAGACUGGACCUGGGGAGGGAAGUGAGAUGAGAUAUGAUCUCCUCUCCAGACU